AAGACCAGGUGAAGCUCAUUACACACCUCCUAUAUAAGCAGAUCAAGGCAGCGUUUUGGUAGGUUGUUGGUCUGUGUUUUUGGGAGAAAACAGUAAGUGUCUUUAAACUCUAAAGCAUCAUGUCUGGUCGUGGAAAGAAAGUUGUGGCUGCUGCUAAGACAAAGUCGUCGGUGUCACGCUCAACACGCGCCGGGCUUCAGUUUCCGGUUGGGCGCAUCGCGCGUCUCCUGAAGAAGGGAAACUACGCGCAGAGAAUCGGUUCCGGUGCUGCGGUUUACCUCACCGCUGUCCUCGAGUAUCUGUGUGCGGAAGUGCUGGAACUGUCCGGAAACGCCAGCAGGGACAACAAGAAGUUGCGCAUCGCUCCUCGCCACAUCCAGCUGGCUGUGAGGAACGACGAGGAGCUGAACACGCUGCUGGGGGGCGUCACGAUCAGUGAAGGGGGAGUGCUGCCCAACAUCCAGGCUCAGCUCCUGCCCAAGAAGACCAAAGCACCAAGAGACGCCGACAACAGCAAGGACGUUCAGUCCCAAGAGUUUUAAAAUGUGUCAAAGAUCAGCACUUUUUUUUUUAAUUGCUUGUUUUAAUCAAUAAAUUUGUAUUAAAGUUA